UGAUUACGAGGGGGAAAUGGGGAAUGGACAUUAAUGACAGGCGGACAGAUCAAGAAAAUUGACGUGUAGAGUGUAUGUAGAGUGAAAGGUGCGUUAGCUUUUGCAAAAUCGGCCACGCAGGGUGGAUUCGUCGCGAUCGGGGUCGCAAGGAGCGAAAAGAAAAAGAGAAAGAGAGAAAAAGAGAGAGGAAAAAAAACGGUGAAUAGACAUCGUGAGUUUUUUAACAUUUCCAGAGAAUGGCGAGCCGCGACGAGUUGGUCUCGCAAUUCGCGGACGUAACUGGUGUUGACGCUGAGAGAGCGCUAUUUUACCUUGAGUCAUCCGCUUGGCAGCUCGAGGUUGCCUUGACGAGUUUCUAUGAAAACGAUGAGCCAGCUGAACUAGUGUCCGAGACCAUCGAUAUAUCACAGCAAGCAGAAGGAUCAGAGGAUAAUACGAGCGCAAUGUCGAAUAAGCAAACGAAAUCCGACUCGACGGAGUCGAAGGGUGCCAAAUCUAAGCCCAGAUUUGGGACGUUAAAUGAUCUUCAAGGUAGUGACAGCAGUUCUGAAGAGGAAGAGGGACAGGCAUUUUAUGCAGGUGGUUCUGAACACAGUGGACAGCAAGUUCUAGGACCAGGAAAGAAGAAGAAGGAUAUUGUCAGCGACAUAUUCAAGUCGUGUCAAGAGCAAUCUAUCGCUGCGGAUCCUCCAAAAAUAGGAGGCCAACAAAGGCCGAACACGUUCAUAGGCACGGGAUAUAAAUUAGGUCAAACUAGCUCGGAUAGCGAAGUGGUGAUGGGAGCAAACGUAGAUCAACAAUCUUCAAGCGGUCUUAUUAUAUUAAAACUGUGGAAGGAUGGAUUUACAAUAAAUGAUAGUGAGAUACGAUCGUACGAAGAGGCUGAAAACAGAGACUUUCUAGAUGCCAUUAAACGAGGUGAGAUCCCAGCAGAGAUUCGUCAGCAGGUACAAGGUGCAGAAGUACGACUCGAUAUGGAAGAUCAUCGUCAUGAGACUUAUGUUCCACCGAAAACCAAAGUGAAAGCCUUUUCUGGAAAGGGGCACAUGUUAGGAAGUCCAUCGCCAGCUACUGUGGGCAUGACGGUUCCAACAGAUCCUGCUGAUCAAGCUGCCAAUGAAGCACAAGCGAAAAAAGAAUUGGAUCUAGAUGCUUCAAAGCCGACUACAACAUUACAAAUCCGUCUUGCAGACGGUAGUAUUGUAAAGGCUCAAUUCAACCUAUUGCAUACAGUCGCUGAUCUUAGACGAUAUAUAAUAACUAUGAGACCUCAGUAUGCUCUAAGGGAUUUCAGUUUAUUAACUGUGUAUCCAACGAAGGAACUUGCGGAAGAUAAAACUAUUGAAGAAGCUGGUUUACAAAAUUCGGCUAUAAUGCAACGACUGAAAUAAACUUUUUUUAAAUUCUUAGAUUGAUGUAACGAUUAGAUACCAAAUAUAUGUUAAAUCGCUUAAAAUAAAAUUUCUAUGUAUUUUUAUUAGGAAUA